CCUCGUAUAGCGAACACUGGAAUGUAGUUACUUAAGUCACCUGAGUUAUCCGCGUGUAUUUGCAUGACUUAUUUUUUUUAAAGGUGUUUAUGUAAUGGGAGUGAUUAGACAUGUUGUGUGUGCUAUGUCUGGCGGGGUUGACAGCUCUGUCACAGCUCUCCUACUUAAACGAAGAGGUUAUCAUGUCACCGGUGUGUUUAUGAAGAACUGGGAUUCUCUAGAUGAGAAGGGGGUGUGCACCUCUGAGAAGGACUGUGAGGAUGCCUACAGAAUUUGUCAGGCGUUGGACAUGCCUUUCCACCAGGUGUCUUAUGUCAAAGAGUACUGGCAUGAAGUUUUCAGCAAAUUACUUGGGGAAUACCAGAAGGGCCGGACACCAAAUCCAGACAUAAUUUGCAACAAACACAUCAAGUUCAAGCAUUUUUAUCAGUAUGCUAUCAAUACAUUGGGAGCAGAUGCCAUAGCAACAGGUCAUUAUGCAAGAACAUCCCAGGAGGAUGAAGAAGUAUUCCAACAGAGACAUAUACCUCCUCCACAGUCUCUCUUCAGAGAUCGCUUUGAGAUCAGAAAUCCUGUGAGACUAUAUCAAGGAGCAGAUCGUUUCAAGGACCAGACAUUUUUCCUUAGCCAGAUCUCCCAGAAUGCUUUACGACAGACAGUCUUCCCCCUAUCAGGGCUCACCAAAGACUAUGUGAAAAAGAUUGCAGCGGAGGCUGGUUUCCAUCAUGUGCUGGAGAAAAAAGAGAGCAUGGGCAUCUGCUUCAUUGGUGAGCGACAUUUUGAAGACUUCAUCCUUCAGUAUUUAGAGCCUAAACCAGGAAAUUUUGUCUCCAUUGAAGAUGGGAGGAUAAUGGGACAACACAAAGGUUGGUUCACAUUCACACUGGGGCAGAGGGCAAGAAUUGGAGGGCAGAAGGAUCCCUGGUUUGUGGUUGAUAAAGAUAUCACAACUGGCACUAUAUUUGUGGGUCCUACCACCAAUCAUCCAGCUCUGUUUCGUGACACACUACGGACUGACCGCUUUCACUGGAUCGCUGAAGAGCCACCUGCUGAGCUUAUCCGGACCAAGAUGAUGGAGUGUCACUUUCGCUUCAUACAUCAGAUGCCUUUAACACCCUGUACUGUGACACUGAAUCAGGACGGAUCAGUUUGGGUUAUGACUGCUCAACCAAUGAGAGCACUGACGCCUGGACAGUUUGCUGUGCUUUAUAAGGGAGAUGAGUGUUUGGGCAGUGGGAAGAUCAUCCGCCUUGGCCCCACAGAGCAUACGCUUCAGCAGGGCCGAAAUCGACAGAGUGGAACUCCCACUGAUACAGAGCACAGUCCAGAGCCAAUCAGCUGAGAACCAGCGCACUCACAUCAAUACAAAUCCUCUCUUAGAGCCUGUUCAUUGGAGCAGCUCAGUGUCCUGUUAUACAGUUACACACUGGUAGAGUCAGUGGUUGACACAGCAGUACACAGGCCCAUUUAAGAAAUGACUGAGGAAAAAAAGUGUUUGAGAGAUGUAGUAACACAAUGUUGUUUUCAUACUUCUUGCUGUUUUUAAUGCCUUUUAGGAUCCCAGCAUAUGUUUUAAGAUACUGUCCAAAUUGUGACAUUUGCAAUUGUCUUGUAUAUAACAACCCAAAGGUGUAAAUUGACACCUUUAGUAACCAAAAUGGUUUUCAGUUUAAGUGCCUCUUUAUUUAUGCAUCUGUAUCUACAUUGUU